AUGCUGUUUCGUUUUGGCACGGUUGCCCUAUUCUACAGCUUUUUGCUGGCUUACUUGGGAGUUGCGAUGAUAUGGAAACCAGAAUUUGUGAUUGAAAGUGGUCUUUCAGCAUUAAUUGGAGCUUCGAUGGAUUUGAAGCCCUUAGUGAGCAGUGCAAACAACCAACCGACUUUAGCCUUUACAGGAAUUCUCUUUCUCGUGCUGUCAUUGAUGCACACUGUAGCUCACUUACAACAUAAUGUCUUGUACUUCAGUGCUAUUAUACCUUUCCGUGCUAUUUUCGACUUUAUUUUCACAGGAUACAUUUACUUAAAAAAGGACCACAUACUCAGUAAUAAUGUCACCUUUACCUUUGCUUUUUGCGAUCUCAUGUGGCAGUUUUGGCUCUAUGCCUCAUUGAAUGAAGACAAGGCCAAAUUUGCCAAGAAAAUGCAAAAGGAAGCUGAAGCUGAGAAGAACAAGGAAUUGACUGAAUAG